AUGCGAUCGCUUAUAAUCCUGUUAGUAGGUUUUAGCACUAUUUUACAUGGUAGUCAUUUUCGUGGUGGCACAAUGACAUGGCGUCCUUUGAAUAAUACUCCAUCCGGCAGUACAGUUGCCGUUCAAGUGCGUGAACGAUGGUCAUGGAAUCGUGCUUAUGUUAGUGGUAGUACUAAUUUUUUCUGUAAUGAUGCGACCAUAGCUGCACAUGGUACUAUGGGAAUUAGCUCUGGCAAUUAUGUCAGUUGUUAUGGCGGUCUUUGUAGUUAUUGGACUAUUAUGGAUACAGCAAUAAACUGCACAGAUUAUAGUGCUAACCUUACUGUUAGUUCUGGCGAACAUUAUGAAACGCAAACAUUUCCAUUAAAUAUUACACUUAUUGUUGCUUUUAGUGCAAGUCAAUGGUUUGCAAAUAUUGUUGCUGGCAAGGGGAGCUCGCCAUGGAGUGUUGUCUGUCAGAUCAACACUAUUAUUAGACCCGAUGGCUACAUAAAUUCCAGUCCUAUUGCUGUCAGUCUUCCUAUUAUUUUCAAACAAAUUAAUAUUCAACAAGUACAUGUUGUUCAAAUGUCUGAUUUUGAUGGAACCGAUACAUUGCGAUGUCGAUGGUCAACUUCAUCAGGCAAUAUUAACAAUUUCGAUGAAUGUGGUGGUAUAUGUAAUGGUGUUCCUGGUGCUAGUCUUAUUGCGGAGAAUUGCACAAUUGUGUUUACGCUUACACUUGCUGGCUGGUACGCUGUAGCAGCAUUACAAAUUGAAGAUUUUUUUAGUACUACAUCGACAACACCAAUGAGUUCUGUCCCAAUACAAUUUCUUUUCUAUGGUUAUGCGGCACCUACCGCUAGUUGUACUACUCCACCUGCUAUCAUUGGUAAUCUACCAAACCGAGCUUGUAUUGGUACACCAAUCGGUUCUAAUGUUACUCAAUAUAUCAUUAUACAAGUUUAUUGUCCUGGACAUGCUAUUGUUGAUUUAGUUAGUAGCGUUCCAACUGGUAUGACAAAGAGUCUUAUUAUCAAUUCAAGUCCUAAUGUCUAUGAAAUCAUUCUCAGCUGGGUUCCCAUAGAAGCUCAAUAUGGCCCGCAAUCUGUCUGUGCUGGAGCUAUCGAUAGUAUACAACUUCAAUCUAAUCAAUGGUGUGUUACAUUCUUAGUUGGCAUUGAAUCUCCUGAUGUCAUUCGUCCAACAAUGGUUCAAGGUUCAGCUUCACCAAUUGGCACUGUCUUUCAAAAUCAAACCCUUUUCUCGAUUCAAACGACAAAGGCUGUAAAUCGUCCAACACUUAAUAAUACUUUCAUCUAUUUCACAGAUGCUGCUAAUACUACUCAACCCGUUGCGAAAUUUGAUUGUGGUUGGGACCCUAAUGUCAUAUAUACAGGUUAUACAACUAUCAUUCGUUUUCCAGUUGCACCAUGGAUUCCUGGACAUUUUUAUUAUGUGACAUUCGAUACUGGUGUUGCUAGUGGAACUGAAUUUUGUGGUCCUGAAUCUGCUCCGAUUUAUGAUCCAACAUAUUGGGUAUUUAACAUUUGGGAUCCAGCUUUAUCAUCUACAACAACAACAACUACUACUCCACCAACAACUCAUACAGUUACAUCCUUAGGUACAACCACUACUUCGAUUAAUACUGCAUGUACAACAUCUGGCAUAGUGGCAACUACUUCAGCUGCUGUUACAACUACAACAACUAUAACUGCUACAAUUGCAACUACAGCUGGUCCAACAACAGCGGGUGUAACUACUGCAGGUGCAUCAACUGAAACUACCGUUCCUGUCAUGUAUCCUAUAGAUUUCAUAAAUACAUGUGCCCAACCAGUAGCAAUUAUGAGUGCUGUUAUGAUGGCUGCUAUGGUUCCUAUACAAGCUUUAGUAAUGUAUGCUGCGUUUACGAAGUUUUCCAAUAUGUUUAAUCCAUUACACAAGAAAGCACAGUUAAGACAUGCACAACGCAUGAGAAAUAUUAAUAUACGAUGA